CCGCCCCCAAGGCGCGCUUUGCUUUGACAGGGCAUCUUAACCUACAUUCAUGAGUUCUGGAAAAGUUGACUCGGACUUCCACCUCUUCCAGACAAUGAGAGUACCUGAAAAUUUGGGGAGUCCAGCUCCAAGCCCCGGAGCUCUUUGAGACAUGGCGGCAUAUGAGGAACUUUCGACCUCCGAACGCUGGGUGGCGCUGUGUUCUCUCAGUAAUCUCUUGGCUACCGGAAUUCAGCGCGCAAGCGCAGUCUUAGCUUUAAAGCCGGCUCCCCACGUGUAAACCCUGUGGGCAAGUUUUUCGAGAAAAAUGCCCAAAUUCAAGGUGGCCCGUGGGGCCGGGAAUCAGGAGAAGCAUGCACCUCUGGCCGAACAGAUUCUGGCUGGGAAUGCAGUGCGCGCAGGAACCCGAGACAAACGGCGAGGACGCGGGGUCGAAGAGGAGGAAGAGUAUGUGGGACCCCGGUUGAGCAGACGGAUCUUGCAGCAAGCCCGGCAGCAGCAGGAGGAACUCGAGACCGAACACGGCACUGGAGACCAGCCUGCAAAACCGCGAGAGCGCUCCACGCGGCUGGGGCCGGGAGUGCCACAGGAUGAAUCUGAGGAUGAGGAUGAGGAGUGGCCCACCCUGGAGAAGGCAGCGAAAAUGACCGGGGUGGAUCACCAAGCAGAGGUGGUUGUGGACCCCGAAGAUGAACGUGCCAUUGAAAUGUUCAUGAACAAGAACCCUCCCAUCAGGCGCACUCUGGCUGACAUCAUCAUGGAGAAGCUGACUGAGAAGCAGACAGAGGUGGAGACUGUCCUGUCAGAGGUGUCGGGCCUGCCCAUGCCUCAGCUGGACCCCCGCGUCCUGGAGGUCUACAGAGGGGUCCGGGAGGUAUUAUCUAAGUACCGCAGUGGGAAACUGCCCAAGGCUUUUAAGAUCAUCCCUGCACUGUCCAACUGGGAGCAAAUCCUCUAUGUCACUGAGCCCGAGGCCUGGACUGCAGCUGCCAUGUAUCAAGCCACCAGGAUUUUUGCCUCUAACCUGAAAGAACGCAUGGCUCAGCGCUUCUACAACCUUGUCCUGCUUCCCCGAGUGCGAGACGACAUUGCUGAAUACAAACGGCUCAACUUUCACCUCUACAUGGCACUCAAGAAGGCCCUCUUCAAGCCUGGAGCCUGGUUCAAAGGAAUCCUGAUCCCACUGUGCGAGUCUGGCACAUGUACCCUCCGAGAAGCCAUCAUCGUGGGCAGCAUCAUCACGAAGUGCUCCAUCCCUGUGUUGCACUCCAGUGCGGCCAUGCUGAAGAUUGCGGAGAUGGAGUACAGCGGUGCCAACAGCAUCUUCCUGCGCCUGCUGCUGGAUAAGAAGUACGCAUUGCCCUACCGUGUGCUAGAUGCCCUGGUCUUCCAUUUUCUGGGCUUCCGGACAGAGAAGCGCCAGCUGCCUGUGCUCUGGCACCAGUGCCUUCUGACACUGGCACAACGCUACAAGGCUGACUUGGCCACAGACCAGAAGGAGGCCCUCCUAGAACUGCUUCGCCUGCAGCCCCACCCACAGUUGUCUCCUGAAAUCAGACGUGAGCUUCAGAGUGCAGUCCCCAGAGAUGUGGAAGAUGUUCCCGUCACCAUGGAAUGAGAACAGUCACCACUCUUAGUCCAGGGGGCAUGGGAGCUGGUAACCCAGGGUGUAAAGACCUAGGUCAGGGCACUGAAGGGUUACAAUGGCAUCUGCGGCUCCAGCCCUGGGCAGGAAGAUUGAAUCUGGUUGGCUCUCUCUGCCAUUCUAGGCUUUGGUCCCUGCUCACUUCUGGGAGCUAACAGGAGUUACCCCAGCUCAGUACUCCCACAACCCAGCUGGCACUUUUUUUAAGGGCUGCUCUCUCUAGUUACUGUGUCAGCUCACUGGGGUGCAGAUAAAACAAAGGCAGAUAUUUAUUGGAGCUCUGUGUUUUGGUACAGUCCCUGGAGGUUCCUGCCUCCCCUGUAGCUAGAGGUGAGAGUCACUUGUAGCUUUUUCCAGGUCAGAAGGGUGGGCUCUUAGUUUCCACAGAACCCUCACCCUACCCCUUACUCUUCACAGUUGUCUGUGUGUGAGUCCCCCGCCAACCACUGAUAGGACAUUCAUGGGCUCCUUUGGGGGCACACCUGCUGCCUCCGCCAUAGAGUUGUCCGUCGGAAAGGUGACGGCCAUCGCUGUCAGUGAAGACUGCAGGAGCAGGCCUUUUCUCAAGCAGACAGCAACAGAGUCAAAGCCAGCGGUUUCUUCCUUGCGCUCUGAGCAACAAGAGCUUUAGGUGGUUGACAAACCAGGGUCACAUGCCUGUUUGUGUAGAUGGUUUGUAUAGAUGAUGAGCAAAGAACAAGCUUCAUAGUCUUUAAUGGCUUGGGGAAAUUUGCAUGAAAUUUUAGUUGCAGCAAGCAUAGAUCUGUAAGUUUGAGGCUAGUCAGGACUAACUAUACAGUGAAACCCAAUCUCGAAAAAAAAAAUUGGGGUGGGGGUACAUCCACGUACCCCCAUUUUGCACCA